CACGAAAUACGUUUCUGGCAUGGCGUUUCUUCUCCUAUUCGCAUACCGAAUACCCAGCGAGGGAUCGAAAGGGACAGACACGCCGACAGUCCGAUUAAUACGCUUUACGAUCCAUCGACAGGACAUACCAGCCUCGGAAAACACGGAUCACUACAUGUUCCAAAAUCUCGAGCCGAACAAGAAUUAUUCCAUUAGCGUGACCAUGAGAAACGGAGUUGGAGAGGGACCUCCUGCGGUAACUUACGUCAUGACAACUCCAGAACCGGCUGUGAAAGACACGCAACAACCAAUUUUAAUUCUCGGAGGGCAGCAUGUAGUUAUGAAGCAGGACGCGGACAUGUUGGACGAUCCCAGCGUGGUUUACGAGAACACGAGCACUAUCCGAGGAGUCGCGAUCCACGUGGCUUCGGCGCAGCUCUUCAUUUCCGAUUCCUUGGGAUACGUGUACAGAACGUCCAUCACGAAACGAACGAAGCCCACGGUGAUACUCAGUCCCAGCCAGGCAAACUUCAAGCCUCUCAGCUUAUCGGUCGAUUGGCUGAACCUUCAUCUGUACAUUCUGGGCGAGGUGAAACGCGCGACAACGGUUUGGCAGAUAGCUAGAUGUAAUCUGGAUGGAAGAGGCCUGACUGUGGCCGUGGCUGGUCUGUUAACACGACCCACGCACAUCGAGGUGGACCCGUACAAUGGUUACUUAUUCUGGGUCACCAGGGGCGGUUUAUACCGAUUGGAUCUGGCUGACAUAAGUAACGGAGUGAAACACGUGCCAUAUUUAAUUUUAGAGGACGUGAAUUUGGGAGCGUUCACCGUCGAUCACACGAACUUCCGUCUGUUAGUUCCCCAUCACAUACAAAACACCGUGAUAUCCGUCUCCCUGGAUGGUCGCGAGGUCCUGAACCUCCGUGCCAACACGCAGCAGCCGAAAUUCAAAAACGUGGUCUCCCUGGCUAUGGCGAACGGUUUGUUUUAUUGGACGAACGGGGAGGAAGUAUUGAUAGAGGGAUACCAUUCGGGACAGAACAGAUACUUCCACAAUGCUUACCCCGAUAGGUCGAACGGUUCAUUCGUCAGUGUCAAUGUACUUAUGGACGCGAGCCAGCCCGUUCCUGUCCCCGUGAAUCCUCCUACGGGCGUGCAAGCUGUCCUGGGGGUGGAGAGAGCGAAAGUUUCUUGGCAGGCGCCUCAUCUGUUGGGCGGUCAGGGCAAAGGCGCCUGGCAGAAUUGGUCCUACGAACUGGAGAUUAAAGACGAGUCUACCGGGGAAACGAUUCAUCAGAAAGACAUAUCCAGCUCGUCUCAUACCGUGCACGAUCUUCGGGAGAAGUCAGAGUACUCGAUCAAGGCUGCAGCUUACACUAGCGCUGGCAGGGGACCUUGGUCCACCGAGUUCAGAGGUCGAACAUUGAGAGACGGAUCACAUGCGUUCAUCUUGUGGUCCGCGAACGAAGGUCUUCUAAGAAGCGACGUGACCGGAGAGAAUAUCGAUACCCUGAUCUACAAAGCGAGCUUGAAGGAAACCGAGGUUGACUAUCACAUCGUCGACGUCAGCUGGUACAAGGACAUUCUGUACAUCGUAGGAAACAAUUCUGCACUCUAUCGGUACAAUAUUACGAGUCAUCAAAAGUCCAAGAUGAACAUUCACUCUGUCGGGAGCGUGGCCGUCGAUUGGAUAUCGAAGAAAUUGUACUGGGCUAAUCCAAAGCAACAGAUUAUAACAAGAGCAAAUUUAAACGGAUCUCAUCAAGAACCAAUGUCGAUCCUGGCCAUCGUUAAGGAAUUAAUGAUCGAUUCUUUGGAGGCAUAUCUGUAUUGGUCGACGGGUCACGCCGUUGAGGUAGCCCGUUUAAACGGACAGGACAGGAGAUACUACCACUCGGAUGAAAUAUUCAAUGGGAAACAAGUGAUGGGGUUAACGUUGGACACGGAGAACAGGUUCGUCUAUUGGAUCGUUCGGAGCUACGAGAGCGGAUCCAUCGUCUAUCGGGCUCCGACGUCUGAAAGGAUUCCGAUGAGUCGCAAAAUCGUGCCAGAGAAGGUCUCCGCUCUGCAACACCCAAACAUGCAAGGUCCUUUGUGCUACUUCUCAGAACAUCUUCUAUGGCUUCAAGACGACCGAAACGCGGUGAUAGGAGAUCUGUCUGGCCAGAACACAGCCAUAAUAAAUGGCAUCACUUUGUCGGGCCUGCACAUGGUGGCUGUCAUGGAUCCGGCGCUUCAUCAAUACCCAAAGAAUCUCACGUCGGAAACCGUGGCGGUACUACCGAAUGACGUCAAUUAUACCAGUAUUAGGGUGGAAGGAACGUGGAGGAACUUCAACAUAUCCUGGGAUCCUGUCGAGAAUAUCAAUUACGGAACUGUGUUCUACGAAGUGAAGUUCGCGGAUUACAUCAACACCAAUUCGAACCCGGAGAUAACGACGGAAACUUCGAUGCCUUAUAAUAAUUCCGAGCAGAUUUUGCCUUAUUCGAUCCUGGAGGUGACAGUAAAGGCGUUCACGUAUUGGGAAACGGCGCACCAUACGAGGAAAAUAUUGAGAUCGCCACAGAGUGUUCCGAGCCAGCCAAUGAAUCCCAGAGCGUUUAUAGAGUUCCAUAAAGAGCCUCUGAACGAGAACGUCGACAUAUUCGCGAUAUUUAGAUGGGACCAACCGGACUUCGCGAACGGUCUCAUCACCGGAUACACGGUCCAGUGCUGGUUCAAGGAGAAUAACGUGGACAUCCAGAUUUGCGAUCAGUCCAUCAUCCCAUCCACGUUGCUAGAGCACACCGUUCAAGACCUCUUGUCGAACACCACGUACUAUUUCCAAGUUCGUGCUCACACGGAGAUCGGUGCUGGACCGUACACCGACGUGAUCAACAUCUCCACGAUAUACGAGAAUCCGGUGCCACAAUUGCUGGUCGCCACGAUGGACGCUGUUAGGAGAUCCGAUUUAGAUCAGGAGGUGAACUAUACCAUUACGAGGCACAUUGCGGUGGAAGUGACGUACCUGGCAGCGGAAAGCAAAAUUUAUUGGAUCAACGAAAUGCAGAAGCUGGUGACGUCGGAUCUGAACGGAGCAAACGCUACAAAAAUUUUGACACUGAACAACAGCGCGCUUAGCAUAACCAUCGACUGGGUCGCGAGACAUCUUUAUUGGUCCGAGUCGAGUUACAGAGAAAGCGGUGGACGCAUCAUGAAAUUAGACUUGACCAUGUGGCAGGCUGGAAUUCUCAAGUACGAAAUGAUUGUCACGGCCAGCAGACGAAUCGUGAAUCUCGAUAUAUUACCGUCCACGGGGUCACUGUAUUGGAUAGAACUGACCAAGAAAGACAGCGGGGUAAUAAUGCAAUCGAAUUUAGACGGGAGAGCUAUUCAACCGUUCUUCAAUCACAUGGAUGAUUGCUCCUGCCCGUAUAGGCCAUCAGUGAUACCCGUGAUGACAAUCGACAGUACCAAUUUUCAGAAACCAGUCAUGUACUGGGUCUCUCUGGAAGGGCACUUGAAUAUCGCCGAUAUCGAUGGCUGUGCAUGCAGUUUGAUAGUAAACGCGGGUUUCAAUAAAGGAUUACCGCCAACAUCGCUGACCGCUGAUAAAAUGAACAUUUAUUGGUCCAACAUCGCGGAGGAUCAGAUUUACUUUGUAAAUAAAAAGUAUCCCGAUGACGAGGAGAUCAAGCACUUCUAUUUACCAUCCGUACGAAGUAUUAAAGCUCUUGGAAAAUCCUUGCAAACCUAUCCGAUCACGAACUGUUUGAUCCCUCAUCAAGUAUCCUACAACGUGGAGGAAGUGAGAAAAACGGCGAACAGUAUUACCGUGAGACUUCCUCAACCUGUUCCUCAAUUCAGUUGCGAAGGAUACAGCCUACCUACGACGCUCUACACGAUAUACGUGUCGCAGUGUCUGGAGAACGAUCCUAACAUGUGCGAAGAUAGCGACAGGACAAAGUUUCAGACUUACGAAAAGGAGUACGAGAUAAAGGAUCUGAAGCCGUUCACGAAAUACAGGUUGAAACUGGCUCUGAGUAAUUAUUACGCUGACUUGGAGUCAAUGAGUCUGGAGUUCGGUUCGGGGGUUGUACUGAGAACCGAAGCAGGUGCCCCUACGCCUCCAGAGAACGUAACAGUGGAAGCUCUGACGCCGACUUUGGCCAUUGUAUAUUGGAUGCCUCCGAAAAUAUUGAACGCCGCUGCAGUACGAUACGAGGUGCAUUGGAGGCUGUUUCGACUGAUAAAUGGAGCACGACAGAAGGGAGAACAGUUCAUAAAGGGUAACGAGCGCACAGCGGACGGCAGAUUCUUCACCAUGCUGGAACCAUGGUUGCCUGAUCAGGAGUACGUGGUGUUCGUUCGCGCUUAUCCCGCUCACGUUAACGAUGUUUACAGCGAAAGUCCUGGCCAGGUAGUCAAGAUGUACCCGGAACCUAACAAUCUGACCCUAGACAGAGUCAGCGUGAACAGUCUGAACGUAUCCUGGGUACCAACGGUGAACCCUAUGGUCAGGUACACGUUAGAGUACAAAGAUGUAGCCGUGGAGAAUUGGCAAGUGGCGAACGAUUUUAAGGUGGACAAGGAGAAAGUGACAUACUUCAUCGAUAAACUGCAACCACGAACGUUGUACAAGUUCCAUUUGCUUCUGAGGUAUCCGAACUACAAGAAGGAUUUCGUGUGGCCAACAGACGGAGGGUACACGUUCCAGACAUUAGGUGAUGUGCCAAGUGCUCCGGGAAUGCCUACAGCGACUAAGCUUCGCAAUUCCGUCUACCAGCUGAACUGGGAGCCGGCACAAGCUCACGGCUCGCAAAUCACGCUGUACCGCGUGGAAGGAACGAAGAUCAAUGAAAUUAACGAGCAAAUAGAUUCGACCGGGAACGCGAGUUGGAAGUUGUAUUACAACGGGACGGACAACUAUUGGAUAAUCACGGGAGACAUGGACGACAAGUAUCGGUUUCGAGUUCAGGCCAGGAACGCGUAUGGGUUUGGCGGCUGGAGCAGGUCCAGUCCGAUCAUUGAUCUAACGGAAGCUACUGGUGGUAUAUUAGCGGCGCAACAACACCUUGGUUUAGUGUUGGGGCUUAGCGUGCCUGUUAUCACUAUUAUGCUCAUUUGCUUCUGUUAUUUCCUUUGCCCAGUGUACCGGCAACGCAAGGAAGAUAAGAAGGCGGUUUUACCUCCGUUAGUGAGUGAUGUCGAGUUAGCGACUCUUCGGGAGAUACCACGCGGAAAUUUCGUUCAGUCCAACGCGUUAUAUGCGUCUACCUUGCAAAACGAUCCAGACGAUUCGACGCUUCCUAAAAUCAGAAGGGAACAGAUAACGUUAGCCAAGUUUCUGGGUAGCGGUGCCUUCGGAGAAGUAUUUCAAGGGAACGCUAAGGACUUGGAGAGGCCAGGAAUCACGCCAGUUGCGAUUAAAACGCUUCGAAAAGGAGCCUCGGCUCAAGAAAAAACAGAGUUCCUUCAGGAGGCUAGACUCAUGAGUCAUUUUCGACACAAGCACGUACUGAGACUCCUGGGAGUUUGCUUGGAUACGGAUCCGCCAUUAUUAGUGCUGGAACUGAUGGAAGCCGGAGAUUUGCUGAGUUAUUUAAGGGCAAGCCGAUCCUUGCAGCCAUCGGAUUCACACGCGUUACGCCUGCAAGAUUUACUUGCUAUGUGCGAGGAUGUAGCAAGAGGAUGUCGCUACCUGGAGGAGCUCCAUUUUGUACAUAGAGAUCUUGCGUGUAGGAAUUGUCUGGUAUCUGCCAGAGAUCGGGAGAAUCGUGUCGUUAAAAUCGGUGACUUCGGACUCGCCAGAGACAUAUACAAGAACGAUUAUUAUCGAAAGGAAGGAGAAGGGUUACUUCCUGUUCGUUGGAUGGCGCCCGAAUCCUUAGUGGAUGGUGUAUUUACUUCGCAGAGCGAUGUCUGGGCGUUUGGUGUAUUAAUGUGGGAAAUUACGUCCUUAGGACAACAGCCGUAUCCUGCCAGAACAAAUAUCGAAGUAUUACAUCACGUAAGGGCCGGUGGAAGGUUACCCAAACCUCUGAAUUGUCCACCUGCUUUACAUCAGCUUAUGUUGCGUUGUUGGAGCGUUGCCGAUGCCAGACCAAGCUUUAAAGUUUGCCUUGAAAAUAUAGUUAGUCUUCGAAGUACUAUAGAGGAUGCACCACUGAACCCAGUGCACGCUGGUCAUUAUUUAGCUAGAAGAGGGAAUUCAUGGAAAUCGAGCAGUUCGGAAGGCAGUCGGGAUAUGCAACCGUUCCUUCAGAAUUCCCAUAAUGCGACGCUUACAUCACAGUCGGGCGAGAUACCGAAAUAUUUAGAAUUAUUAGCGGAUAACGAGGAUAUUAUUUUAAGGGAAAACUCGACAAACGGUUACGAAGUGCCUCGGUCAAUUCAUAUCUCUGAUCAAAAUUUAGCCAAUAUAAACAAAGCUAGUACAAAUGUAGAUGUAAAGGGUAAUUUGCAUUCCGAUCCAUCGCAAGAACAAAAAGACAGUUCGAGCGAUGCCAAGGAACAAUCGGAAAAGAAAUGUGAUAAGAGGUCGUCGAUAUCCAGUUUGAAUUUGCCAGAACGGAAGAGGGCAUCGAUCACAAGCAUGACUGAAAAAUGUAACACGUUAGAUAGCUCGAAAUUAACUAAUCCUACUAUUAAAGCGAUUUUAAAGAGAGAUUCCUUCACGUCAUUGACUGAUCAACGGAAGAAUAAAAGAAACGUGAGCGAACGACGAGGAUCUGAGAUAAGUUUAGAAGGUAGAAGUUCUAGUUCUUUAAGCUCGAAUAUUAGUUUAGCCCCACCCACUCGACCUAGUUCAUCGUUAAUUAGUUCGCAAAAUGUUCUUCCGUUGAAGAACAGCGUUAUCGGAGGAACUGGCGAGGGAACGGAUAAUGGCGUCACGAAGAACGCAUUGCCAAAAAUUCAAAGGACUCAUUCUAAUUUGCAAAAUGGUAAAGCUAAUAUACCUUUGGUGAUAAACAGUGCAUUAUUGAACUUAUUGAGGCAAACUCCGGUUGUCGAAGACAGUAACAAUAUAGUUACGUAUACGAACAUCAAUACGGAUGCUGUAAGGGUAAAUGGGUCGUGAAAUUGUUGUUACAGAGGUAAUGGACUAAGUCAUUUUGGAUAAGUCACGUUUCUAUAGCAGAAUCGUAAAUUCAGUAAUAAGCGUAUCGAAACUGAGGAUGUGUGUAAAGUUCCAUAGCUUUAAACUGCCAUAUUAAUGUAUGUACAUAUUUAAGUUUUAAUACCCGAAAUUCAUUGGACAUGUGGCAGGACAUUUUUAGUUGAUAAUAGUAUUAGUUUUAGUGGGUAAUCAAAUUGUUGCUUAGCGUCUAAGAAAUGAGAAUAGCUAUAGAGUAUUACAUGGUGAUUAAUCUGCGAUAGUUUUAUACCUGUUACUGCAAUUAAUGUAUUUAUUU